AUGUCCAAGUCAUCUUCGUCAUCCACCCUCGGGGCUCCUGCCCAGCUUUUUGAUACAGUGCCGGUCAAGGAUGAGGCCGUCACUGGUCUCUUCCUACCCGGUCUCGACGAUAUACAGGAUGACGCUUUUCUCCACGGCAGGGACGUCAAGCGCCUCCGUGACGCCACGACGUCUGCCCUGUCACAAGUUUGGAGCGACAAGGUCAACGAAGCCAACGCAGCCCUCACUGAGAAACUCAAUGACUCCUUCGCUGCAGUGGGGCAGCGUUUGGACAGCUUGCCGGUGAUUGCGAUGAUUCAGCCUGACCCUCAGACUCCACGAGUAUCUAACCUUCUCCGAAGCCUCCGGAAAUGGCGUGCAGUUCUCCAACUGGUUGCGCCGGCUGGAAGAUAUCGUGCGCCCGGUGACCCUUACCGAAGAACAACAGCCUAA